AUGAGAGCUAAGCCUUUGGAUGGACUCUUUGAGAUGCAGGGUGGUGCCCAUUUUUUACUGCUAAAUAUGGAGCAUCACUUUUAUCUGGUCUUGCUUUUACUUGGUUUUAACUGGUGCACCUUUGCACAGAACACCACCAUGAUGCCAGGCUUUGCUGAAGAAUGUGUGUGGAGAAACAGCUCCCGCAUUUGCUUGGAUCCCUGUUCAAGUUACACAGUUCUAGAUGAGCCCUGGCGAAGUACCUCCUAUGGGCCGGGAACCAACUGUGACAGUGAUAAAAAAGGGUGGUAUCGGUUUGUCGGCCAGGGAGGAGAACGCAUGCCAGAAGCCUGUGUGCCAGUGCAUAGGUGCAACACUGAUGCACCUAUGUGGUUAAAUGGAUUGCACCCUGAACAGAAUGCUGGAAUUGUAAGUCGUGUUGCCUGUGCCCACUGGAAUGAACAAUGCUGCCUAUGGUCUACCAGUGUGCAGGUGAAAGCCUGCAUUGGUGGCUAUUUUGUCUACAAACUGGAAGGGACACCAGCAUGUACUUUGACUUAUUGUACAGAUCCCAACUACAGUGGGAGCCCGUGUUCCCAGUGUGGUGUUGAUGAGGAAUGCCAGCUGGUGAAUGGUGUCUGGGGUUGUGUCUGCAGUCAAGAUUUCAAUAGUUCUGAUAUUUCUAGCUUGGAGCCGCAACUAGAGUGUGGAGCAAAUCAAAUUAAAGUUUCAUUUGAGAAGUGCGUCCUGAAUAAACUGGGCUUCCAGGAUGUGGUCAUGUAUUUGAACGAUGACAGAUGUGCUGGUUUUGAAGAGCAGAAGAACACAACGGUGAUCUCAGUGGUGACUCCCACUCAAGGUGGCCAAUGCGGAACACAGUUAACAAAUAAUGACACCCAUGCUACUUAUAGUAACACACUAUAUUUGGGAAACGGGACUAUCAUUAGAGAUGAUGAUGAAGUCAAGAUUAAUUUCCAGUGCUCCUACCCACUGGAUAUGGAAAUCAGCCUGGCAACAGCUAUCCAUCCUAUCGUAAGCUCAAUCAACAUCAGUGUGGGAGGCACAGGACUCUUUACAGUUAAAAUGGCUCUCUACAGAGCUUCAGACUACACCUCUCCUUAUGAGGGACCCACGGCGGUGUUGUCAGCAGAAGACCACCUGUAUGUCGGCGUCAUGGUCACAAGUGGGGACACAUCUCGGUUCGUUUUGCGGCUUGACAGCUGUUAUGCAACACCCACCAAAAACACCACUGGUUCUCUGAAGUAUUUCAUCAUUCAGAACAGCUGUCCAAAUCCAAAGGAUUCAACGAUUUCAGUGGAAGAAAACGGAGUGGCAUCGCAUGCAAAGUUUUCUCUUCAAGUAUUCAGAUUUGUUGGAAAUCAUAACCUGGUUUAUCUCCACUGCCAAUGUCGUCUCUGUGACACUCACACAGAACAAUGCAGACCGCGUUGCUCAGGAGGUGAGAGUCGCCGAGCUGCUGCUGCUGAGUCAGGUUAUGUUUUGCAUUUGGGACCUAUUGUCCAGAGAGGUUCUGAAGAUGUUCCUGGAGCUGCCUCAUCUCAUGAUUCUGAAGAUGUUGCUGGAGCUGCCUCAUCUCAUGCUUCAUUAGGCCCUUGGAUGACAGCGCUGGUUACUGUUAUGCUGGCUUUUUCUCUCCACGAAUUUGCUUGACCGAUGAGCCCAUUCAUCCACACUGUUGAACAAGGAGGAGCACCAGUUUAAAUAAAGAGAGAAAAAUCAAAUAAAGAGGACAAAAAAAUACACGGAUGUGCACUAUGUAGCUGAUUAUCAGCCGUUUCACUCCCCUGCUGUAUGCAGAGCUGAGUAUGUGGCGCCCACAUCUUUACUGAAGUCAAUAAAUUGGGAUAAGGUUCAUGGGGGAAAUCACUACAUAUAAACAAGCGGGAACCCGGAAUACUCAUGGAGGAAGAAUCCACUGAU